AUGUCAAAGGAAGUUGCAAGGGCGGCCUGGAACUCAACAUAUGAGAAGGGUUUAGUCGACGUACUACAUGAUUACAAAGAUAACCCAAAGUUGAAGGGUCAAAAUGGAUGGAAUUCAGAGGGAUGGAAGUGUAUCACUGCUAAGUUUAAUGAAAGGUUCUCUUUGGCUCAUUUCACAAAACAACAACUACAAGAGAAGGAGAAAGAACUUAAAUCAAGCUAUAAAGCAGUAAGAGAUUCAAGAAAGGAAAGUGGAACUGGUUGGAAUGACUCCCUAUGUAUGAUAUUAGCUGAACCAGAGGUUUGGGCAAGGUUGAUUAGUGCUCACCCAAAGGUUGCAAGGUUUCGCAAGAAGCCAUUUCCUCUUUUCUACUCUUUAGAAGCACUUUAUGAAGGUAGUGUGGCUACAGGACAAUUAAAUUUCACAUCAACUCAACAACUGCCUCCUGCUAUUAUUCCUCCUCUUGCUCCUCCUGCUAUUGUUCCUCCUGCUCCUAGUUUUGUUGUUCCUUCAGCUAGGAGUACAUCUGAACAGACUCUCCAUCCAUUCAAUACAAAUCCAUUUGAUUUGGAUGGACAAGAGAUGACAAGUGAAGCUCAAUCUGUGUCAGCUAUUCAUGAAGCAAGAGAGGGAGAAGGUAGCAAAAGUAGAAAGCGUAAGCAGAGCCAUGUUGGAGCAGCUCUCGAAGACUAUGUGGAGUUCAAAAAGAGCCAAACUAACAAGGCACUUGAUGCUCUCAAAGAACUUUCCAUGAGGAAGUGUAUGGAGGAAAUAGAAGCAAUAGGUGGAUUCACAGAAGAGGAGAAGUCAUAUGCUGUGGAGGUCUUUGAGUCCGGGAUUAAUAGAGAGGCUUUCAUGUCAACAAUGAACCACAAUGUUCAAAGAAUGUGGCUAAAGCGCAAAAUCAGACAACCAAUUUACAUAACUGCAUCCUUGAAUGGUAAAGUAGCUUGUAGGAUACUUGGAACAUAG